GGUGGUAAAUAUAGUCAUCAGUUUGAGUUGGAAGAGAGAGUCCUUGUGUAGAGAUGGCGCUGCAACUUCCACAUAACUAUCAUGAAAUCGUUAAGGAAGCUGAUUCACAUAUCGACAUGUCCUCCCAGGAGAAGCUUAACAAUCAGCUGUGCUCUGGAAUUUUGUUGUGCAAAAACCAGACGAAGUUUUGGGUUGACAACAAUACCAAGAUGAAUAGCUUUGUUUUGUUUCCGAGGACUCUAUCAAUCACUUGGGGAAACGAUGCACGCUAUUGGAAGUGGACUUAUGAAAAAGAGUCGAGUGGUGCUUAUGUGGAGGUGGCUGAACUGUUAGAAGUAUGUUGGGCUGAGGUUAAGGGGAAAUUCGACACAAACAAGCUCACCCCAGGGACUUUUUACAAGCUUGCCUUUGUGGUCAAGUUUAAUGAAGAUGCUUCUGAAUGGGAAAAUCUUGUGAAUCUCAAACUCGAUCUCCCGAAUGGAACCCAGAUACAACGCAAAGAAAGCUUUAAGAAUAAGCCCAAAAACCAGUGGAUUGAGAUCCUAGUUGCUGAGUUUAGAGUUCAAAAGAAUGAAAAGCAAGGGGUGAUGGAGUUCUCUAUGACUGAAACCAGUGACUUCCAUUGGAAAAAAGGAAUUGUCCUCAAUGGAGUCGUCAUUCAGCCAGUGACAUAAUUGGCUAAUAAACAAUAUUUGGACGUUUGCUGAACUAAUAUCGGAGACGCUACUAAAUAAAUAUUAGUUCAUAUGCAUGCGUCUCAAAUACCACCGCUUCUAUACUGUGUGUGUGUGAGCUUGUAAGCUCAUUCUGUACAAGUUAAUGGUCUCCGACAAUAAUGUGAGAUAGAUCUUUAUAAUAAUAUAUGUCAUAAUACUUGUGUUCUAGCAA